AUGUUAUUUCAACGAACUUACUCACUUCUGUCAGCGGCACGACCGGCAAGAAGUAUCACAACAAACUUGGUCGUCAGAUUUCUCUUGCGAAAUAAUAGACUUCAGCAGUGCCUGUCGAAAGAGAAUAACGACGACUCGACGGACAUCAAGCUCCUCAAUUCGAAUAUUUCGUCGGAAGACGCAAGGAAAUUCAACGAUGGAGGUUAUGUGUCGGAACCUGUGCAUAAAUUCAACGAUAACGCCACUUCACUUAGCCGCAUUGAGUCAGUUAUUUCCCCGUACGCCGACGACUUCAUCGACGACAGCGACAUAACGUUACCGAAGCCUCUGGACGUGUGCACCGAAGAUUUGUCCGACAUCGGUCCGCCUCUCACACCUACCUUCUCGUUCGCAAAGUAUGCGAACAAGUCGCACACGAUCCAGGAGCUGGUGAAACUCGGGGUGGAGUUGUACAAGCUGGAGUCCGAGGAGGGAAUGGUGCAGUACAUCCUGGGCCUCGACUUCGAGCGCGACGUGAAGCCCUACAUCAUGUUUCUGCAUGACUGCGGUGUGCCAGCUGAUCAUCUGGGCUAUUUCAUCACCAAGAACCCUCACAUCUUCAAGGAAGACAUGGACGACCUUCACACAAGAAUAAGGUAUUUGAGGGCACACGAAUUCUCCAUAAAUAUGAUAGGAACCAUCAUUUGUAAGAAUCCCAGAUGGCUGCUACAUAGUACUAAGGACAUCGACGGCAGACUCGGCUACUUCCAGAACAACUUCAAACUUACUGGCCAACAAAUUAGGCUCUUUGCAGUCAAAGGGCCAAAAGUGGUAACAUACAAAAUGUUACACAUAAUUAAUAACACCUUCAGCAUCAAAGAAGAAAUGGAAUUUGAUAAUAUACAGAUUAAAAAAUUGCUCCUUAAGAUGCCUAGAUUAUGGGUGAAAAAUCGCGAGAGACUGAUGCGUACAUUCGAGUACGCUCAUAACGAGAUGAAGCUGUCGCGUGAUUUCAUCGUGGAAAUUCCGCAAAUCUUGACUUGCAGAACGACUAGGCUCCGACAGAGGCACAUGUUCUUGGUGGAAAUGAAAAAAGCGCAGUACGAUCCUUCCAAACCAUUGUAUGUUUCACCAGUAGCCUUAGUUAGCGGUACAGACCUAGACUUUUGUAGACAUAUCGCGAUGACAUCCAUCGAUAUAUAUAAUGCGUUCCUAAAAACGUUUUAAUCAUCAAGGAUGUCGGUGUAAAUGUAAAUAAAUACGUUGACAAACACAUUA